AUGGUCAUCAAUGGCGUCGGAGCCGCAGGGCCAGGAGCAUUCAAUUCUUACUCAAAGCCAGCAUUAACUCUUUCCAAGCAAGGGUUGAAGAAGGGGCCAUGGACGCCGGAGGAGGAUAAGAUCCUCGUUGAUUUCAUUCAAUCCAAUGGCCAUGGUAGCUGGUGCUCACUUCCUAAGCUCGCAGGGCUGCGGCGGUGCGGGAAAAGCUGUAGGCUUCGGUGGACCAAUUACCUGAGGCCCGAUAUCAAGCGCGGGCCAUUCACCUCCGAAGAACAGAAAUCAAUCAUACAGUUGCACGGGAUCGUCGGCAAUAAGUGGUCCACCAUUGCUGCUCAGCUCCCCGGCCGGACUGAUAACGAGAUCAAGAACUACUGGAACACUCACCUGAAGAAACGCCUUCUCCGAAUGGGGAUCAACCCCGACACCUACGCCCCCUCCUCCCCUUCCUCCGCCUCCACAGCCUCUUUUCCGCCCACCCGCCACAUGACCCAAUGGGAAAGCGCCCGCCUUGAGGCCGAAGCCCGCCUCUCCCGCGAAUCGCUCCUCUUCUCCUCCGCAUCCUCCGCCGCCGUCGGCGGAAACAUUUCCACUACCGACUCCGAACCCCCCGAUGACUCCCUCCUCACCGCCAAACCCCAAUCUGACUUCUUCCUCCGCAUCUGGAACUCCGAGAUCGGUGACGCCUUCAGAAAUCCGCAGAGGACUCUCCGCGCGGAGGAGGCCACCACCACCGCCCCGAUGACGGAGAGCAAGAGCUGCACGUCGGCGGGCGGGGAGGUUCCGUCGGGGCCUCCUGAUUCUUCGAGCUCCAACGAAGUGGAUGAAGCGUCGGACGAGACCUACCAGCUUUAUCUGAACCUCACCGGCGACGAACUGGGGCUUUUUCACGGCCAAAUGGGCGGCUUCUCCCUCUUCUCUGCUGAUCUCAACGAUGCCGUCUUCCUGGACACAGCAUUCAAAUGA